AUGGAUCUCACAAGCUUUUUUGCCAUGGACUACGAUUACAGCCUGGUGACAGGGGACGACUUUGACUACAACGACACCUCCACCAGCGGCUACGAGCUCAUUGAGCGUUGCGAGGCCAGCGAGCAACAGCUGACGAUCAAGGUCUUCCAGACCUGUGUCUUCCUCCUGGUUUUUCUCCUGGGCGUGCUGGGCAACUCCCUGGUCAUCGCCACCUUUGUUCUCUACCGCCGCCUGCGUCUCCGCUCCAUGACUGACAUCUUCCUCUUCCAGCUGGCCCUAGCCGACCUCCUCCUCCUCCUCACCCUGCCCAUCCAGGCUGGAGACACCCUCCUGGGCCACUGGGCCUUCGGCGACGCCCUGUGCAAGGCAACACAUGCUAGCUAUGCUGUCAACACAUACAGCGGGCUGCUGCUGUUAGCCUGCAUUAGCGUAGACCGCUACGUGGUGGUGGCUCGGACCCAGGAGGCGCUGAGGCUACGUAGCCGCAUGCUAACGGGCGGCAAGCUGGCCUCGCUGGGCGUGUGGCUAGCCGCCCUGCUCCUUAGCCUGCCCGAGAUCCUCUUCUCCGGGGUGGAGGAAAGAGAAGGGGAGGGGGAGCUGCACUGCGGCAUGAACGUGUGGGUGGAGGAGAGCUGGCGGGUCAAGACGGCCGCCCGCGGCGCCCAGAUUGCCGGCUUCUGCCUGCCCUUCCUUGUCAUGGUAGCCUGCUACUCACUGAUUGGCCGUGUGCUGUGUGAGGGGCGGGGGCGCUGGGGCUGGCGGCGCCAGCGGACCCUGAGGCUGAUGGUGGUGCUGGUGGCCGUCUUCCUGCUCUUCCAGCUGCCCUACACCGUGGUGCUCUCCCUCAAGGUGGCAGGGCCAGGGGCUGCCGGGCAGACUUGCGAUCAGUGGGCCGCCACACUGCUGAGGGAGUAUGUGACUUGCACCCUGGCAUAUACCCGCUGCUGUCUCAAUCCCCUCCUCUAUGCCCUGGUGGGCGUCCGCUUCAGGAGCGACGUUCUGAAGCUUCUCCACGGCGUGGGCUGUUUGUGCUGGGCCGGGUCUGGGCCUCACCUGGAGAGCUGUACCUCGGUGUCACCCUCCUCCCCGGGCAUAACCACCCUCUCUCCCCUGCCGCCCACCUCACCUCUGCUCCUACCCCCCGACACCCUGGCACACAGCAUCAAAUAUCAGCCUCCAACAGCAAGCCACCCCUUUGGCCAGACCAAGGUGUUUCUCCUCCCUAGUAGGCCUUCCCUGCCCUCAGAUGGCCUGCUUCAGUCCACUGUCUCAAAAACCAAACCGGUCUAA